AUGGCUUUUAUGAAUUAUGAGAGCAAGAAAGGAAGUGGGAAGAAGCUAAAAGUGCAUUUUGAUCUACCUGAGGAUGAAGAUCAUCCCAAACACAAGCGUUCAGGUUCUUGUGGAUCUUCUGGAUCUUCAAUAGAUUUUGAUGAUGGCAUAGACAAUGCUGAUUCCAAGUAUGGUUCGUAUGGCUCUCCUGUGUGGAGUUUCCAAGGAGGGUCAGUAACCCAAUCUCCUCCACUUCAGCACAUGAAUUCUACUGGGUAUGACCCAAACAGAAUCCCCUCUUCUAUAUUUAAUAAGCCUACAAGUCCUAUGGAAUGGAGUGUAGCCUCAAAUGAAUCACUAUUCAGCAUACACAUAGGAAACAACAGUUUCUCUAGGGAUUAUGCUUUUGCAUUAAACAACAGAUCUGGGGAAUUGUCUUCAACACUGCCAACUGUUCAAGAGUUGAGUUGUAAAGACAAAAAUGUGGACAUGGAGAGAUACUCUGUGUCAUCGUAUUCAUUAAGUGAAACUUCAGAUUUUCUUCAGGGGCAAGACCACGAGAAAAAAUCAAAUGAAACUUCAGGUUCAGUUGUUGACCCCAAGAAAACAGAAAGGUCAGAAGUUGGCACAGAUGAAACAACGUUGGACAAAACUCCAGAUGAUCAUAGUAAAGAAACCAAGAUCCCUAAUGGGCAACCUAAAAGUGCUGCAUACCGUUCGGUGGAAAGUGAUAUAAGCACACGUUCAUUUCAAUUUCCUAUAUUGACAGCUGAAGGAGGAAGAACUAGUUCAUCAACAGUAGAGUCAGAAAAGCAAGAGAAAGGUGAAAAUCAGGAGGAGCAGCCAGAUAAAGCAUUGCAGCAGACUCCUAGUUCUAAAUCAGAAAAGGCACCAAAACAAAGUGGAAAAAGUUGUGAGGAAAGUAGUGAUAAAGUGAGCACUGUGGUUGAGUUGAGUCCAGUCGUUCCUUCCUUCUUCUCCACCAUUUCCAUAGUCUUGUCUCCUCCAAAUCUCUUUCUUCUUCUCUUCAGCUUCAAUCCUUCAGCUGGGAAGAAGGGUUUCUCUGUUUGA